AUGGCUUUGUUAUAUGCUGCUGAGAUCAUUGAAAACAGAUGGACAUUACUGCCGGCACUCGUGGCAGUGACGACUCUGAUCGCAUUCGCUCUGUAUGAAUUCAUCCGUUCGUCGGCGCGAGUGCCUGGUUUCGGAGGUCCUCCCGGGAAACCUAUCGUGGGCAACUUGUGGCAAAUUCGCCAAAAGGACGCCCCGGAGCAGUACCGUCAGUGGGCCAAGAAGUACGGGCCCGUCUACCAAAUCCAGCUUGGAAACAUACCGGUCCUUGUGGUCAACUCUGCGGCGGCGGCGAAGGCCAUCUUCAACCAGAACUCGCACGCCACAAGCUCGAGACCCGAGUUUUACACCUUCCAUAAAAUCAUUUCGGACACAGCGGGGACAACAUUGGGAACAAGUCCAUGGUCUGAAUCUCUCAAGAGAAGAAGGAAGGCGGUGGCGACGGCGGUGAAUCGACCCGCUGUGGCCAGCUAUAUUCCACACCUCGAUCGAGAAACGCGAGUUUUCCUCUCCGAGGCACUCAAUUAUGGUGACUUUGGCAAGAAAGGGGUCAACCCUAUGCCACUUUUUCUUCGUAUGAACAUGAGCAUCGGUCUUACUCUUCAUUGGGGAACAAGAAUGGAGUCGCAGAAUGAGCUCUUCCAUGAGAUUGUCCAUGUAGAAGACACCAUCAGCAACUUCCGAAGCACGACAGGCAACUUGCAGGACUAUAUACCGCUCCUCCGUCUGAACCCCUGGAACACACAAUCCGCGCAGGCUAAAGACAUGAAAUUCCGCCGAGACAGAUACAUGCAGAUCCUGGAUAAGGACCUAGACGAACGUAUCCGGAAUGGCACUCACAAGCCAUCGAUCAGAGCCAACCUUCUCGUUGAUGAGGAGGCGCAGCUGAACGACCUGGAGCUGAGUUCGCUGAAUCUUACGCUCUUAGCUGCUGGUCUUGAUACGAUGAACUCUGCCGUGUCGUGGGGAAUUGGAAUGCUGGCGAAACGACAGGACAUUCAGGAGAAAGCGCUCGCGGCCAUUCGCGAGACCUACUCUGAAGAGAAUCCCCUUUGCGAUGCCGCAGACGACCAGAGUUGCUCAUAUCUUGUGGCAGUCAUCAAAGAGAUCUUGAGAUUUUUCUCCGUGACGAGACUGUCACUCCCGCGUUGUACUAUUCAGGACUUCGUUUAUGACAACAAAAUUAUACCAAAAGGAACAGUGUUAUUCCUGAAUGUCUGGGCCUGCAAUAUGGAUCCGGAAUUGUGGGAAGAUCCAGAUCAAUUCCGUCCCGAGCGCUGGCUAGAGAGGCCGGAAACUCCCAUCUUCACGUUCGGCAUAGGGGGCCGAAUGUGCAUUGGCGUACAACUCGCAUACAGAGAGCUGUAUGUUUUGUUUUUGAGAAUCUUGAACAGCUUCAAGAUCGUCCCGGACGGCUUCAUCGAGACCAGCCCUAUUGAAGGAGUGGCAAAUCCUGCUUCGCUGACAACACAACCGAAGGCGUACAAGGUCCACUUCAUCCCUCACAACUUGCACGCCCUGGAGGAAGCCUUGAAGCAGUAA